AGUCUUCCUUGGGCUUCAGCUUCAUCACCCUCUUCCUUUCUGUUGCCUUUACCUCAAGCCAUUCUCCCGGCAGGCAACGCACUGGCCAAGAGAUUUUGGACCCCUGAAAUCAAUCAAUUUACGCGUCCGUCCGACGCGUCACCCAACGCGCUUACAUUCAGCUUUGGCUGCGCUUUUGCUUUGCUUUUGCGCCCGCAGUGUUGCCGCCUCCCCACCAUUGAAACAGCUGCGUUUCCUCCUCCUCCUCCUCCCUCGCGCAGCAGCAAAUCAAUGUUUGUUGCCCGCCGUCUUCUCCUCUCUCGUUCCACUUCUUCUUCUCUUUCAAUUGUUUCCGAAACCACCACCACAUUCAAACACUUCUUCGCAACCAUCACACCAAUGACCACCGGCACCACCGAACCUACUACUACCUCCUCCCCUCCCGCCAAGCGCAUCAAGACCUCCGCUGAUUCCUCCUCCCAAACCACCGCUACCGCCACUACCACCGCCGCCACCAUGACUGCCGAUACCCAGACUCCCGUUACCAAGGUCGACCAAACUCCUCCUCUCCUCAUCAAGAAGCUGUCCGACAAGGCCCGUCUGCCCACUCGCGGCUCCGCCUUCGCUGCUGGUUAUGACAUCUACGCUUCCAAGGAGACUACGAUCCCUGCGCGCGGAAAGGGUCUGGUGGAUACGGAUAUUUCCAUGGCUGUUCCUGCUGGGACUUACGGCCGCAUCGCCCCCCGCUCCGGCCUAGCAGCCAAGAACUUCAUCGAUGUCGGCGCCGGCGUCAUCGACGCCGACUACCGCGGCCAAGUCAAGGUUCUCUUGUUCAACCACUCGGACGUCGACUUUGUCGUCAACGAGGGCGAUCGCGUCGCGCAGCUGGUUCUCGAACGCAUCUAUACCCCCGAGGUGGUCGAGGUCGAACAGCUGGAGGAGAGCGUCAGAGGCGCGGGCGGGUUCGGGAGUACGGGCGUUAGUUCUGGUGUUGGGGAGCAGGUGAAGAACUAAGAAAGAAAGAAAACUGGUUCUUGUGUUUUUUUCGGUCGGAGGAAAAGAAAAGAAAAGAAAAGAAAGGGGUUAGGGGUAUGAAGCGAUAUAGAUGGACGGCGUUUCGGGAAAUCUGGCAGAAACAUUGAAA